UGAUUAUCAGUUUUCGAGCCUCGAGAAUCCGUUUUCUGGUCUUAUGGCCGCUCUCGGAAGGUAGGAAAAGGAGCAUCCUUCCACCUGUUUGAUGCUCUACGUUACUAUUGUAAGCAGGCCUUUGGCUGUUGCAGUUCUAAUUGUCACAAUGCAGACGUGCCAUCUGCUGACUUUGGCUACACUCCUGCGAGUGGCGACGCGGGCGCGGCGCUAGAGAACGUAUUCUUUGCGAAGAAGGAUGAAGAAAAGGACGCGGGAGAAGAAGAUGGCGUCGCAAAAGUUGUGAGGACUACAGUGUCUUAUAAUUACGGCAAGAAAUAUGAGUAAUCAAGGUAGUAGUUGGUAGUAAGGAUUGGUGGGUGAAUGAAUUUGAUUACUCAGAACUCUGAUUUAGAUUCGGAAGUAUGAAAAACGAAACACUUCAAUUAAAGAAGGAAAGCGACGUGGCUAAUUUUCGGCGACAGAUGUUGAUAUCAUGACCGCACGACAUAGAAAUCCAUGAUAAAUGCAGGAAACGUGUAUCUGAGGUACUAGGGUUUGUGUUGUGUUAAAAUGGCUUCUCUUGCUUCCAUUAGUAGUGCGCGCGUUCGUCCUAAAGUUGUUGUGAAUUUGAUGACAUGGAAAAUACUUCUCUUGAACUUCAUCACUGCGCCCAGCAGGCGUGACACAUUUCGCUAAUACUCGGGAGGCGGGAAGACGGUGAGAGACGCACUCCAGAGCGCGAAAUUACGGAGAAUAUACUUUUUGUGGUUGCUGCUCUCGUUUCUGUUCCCUACAGCUUCACUCUCUUCAAAUAUGUUGAAAGAUUGAUAAGAAAAAGAUUUAGAUGUGAAUACAAAAGAGAGGACCGUUCAUCUCGUUCUCUCAUGAUCUUCUUUGCCAGGGCGUUCUGGUUCUAUUUUGUACAUGAGGGCAUAGAUCUUGAAGUUGAAGACGAUCAGGGCCAGUGGGGACGAUUCAUACCCAUAUUUAUUGCUCGAGGACGAGCCGUCACCUGAAUAGGUCGAGACUUUCAAGGUGACAUCUCUAUACACUUAGUCCCUGAUCGAUAAGAAGUCAUCACGGGUGGUGCGCGGAAGUGGAAUGGCAACCUCACAGAAAUAAUCCUCUAUCAGUCCAUCUCUUCGCACUCUUGUGCAUUCGCUAGAGAAUCCUCGUACGAAGUCGACGACUCCCUCACUUACACGACUAAGUUUGAUAGAAGCAAUCGUAGUGUUCUUGUUCAUGUUUUUUAUUACUUAAUAUAAGGAAGCAUGAGAGCCCUCCAAUCAACUUCAAAUGUCGUGCUCACAAUAAUAAAUAGGUGAUUGACUACUACUAUUUUUUGGUCAUCUGUUUUCGUCAACAUUCCGCUAGUCGUGAUCCCUUUUUGGGCGCUACUAUACUUACAUAUGAAUGCAUUUGAUCAUCCUGAACUUGAACGUAAUUUCUCCUCCUUCUCCUUCUGAUAUAGUCCGCAGCAGCACUAAGAUGAGCAAACGGUGAGCCAUGUACCUCCGCCGACCCGGUGAGACGGUAUCUCGAUGCCAUCAAGGAGAAGAGCUCCGAACAGCAGAUCGAAGUCUUUUCGAACGCUGCCCAGAGGACUUGUGCUGGAACCGACAAGGUGGCGUGGUCCCUCGCGUUGUUUUUAAGGCGCCCAGGCUCCUUAAUAUUCAUCUCACUAGUGGACUCGACCUUGGUCGCACCUUGUCAGUCUAUCAUUUUACAUCUGGGUCACAACCAAAUACUUUAUUUCAUACUUUGUGAGCAGGGCUUUCGGGCUGUUGUAAGCCAAAAGUGUUACAGAUGUACCAGGGAGGGAGCCCCCCUCAGUGGGUGGAGCGGUGGUAGCGUCUGCGCGCCCUUUUUUUCGCGGUGGUGACAUGCACUGCAAGGACUUACGAGGGCGAAGACCUCAAACGGCGGAGCCGGAGGCCCCUGGCGGCUCUCCGCGUGUACCCCACAGGCGUCUGGACUCUUGGACCCUAUCUAUCAGGGGGAUGGCCUCCGGGGGGAGAGGGCUGGACUCCUUUGGCCCUCGUGGGGGGUGGAAGGCCUCCGAGGGCAGCAGGUGGCAAACUCCCCCAGUGAGGUCUGCAUGGUGCAUGCAGCACGGCAAGGGGGUCAAGCUUUGCCACCGUUGACGCCUUCGGAAGCCUUCCACCCCCCCCCCACGAAACUCCCCCAGUGGAGAGGAGCCCGCGCGCGGGAGGUCGGUAAGGUGCAGGCAACAUGGCAAGGGGGCCAAGCCUUGCUGCCUUCGGGAGCCUUCCACCCCCGGCCUUCGGUGCUUGAACGGCUUCAGGGGCUUGCUUGGGCUCUGUAGGGUGCACGCAAGAAGCCGCGAGGGCGCGAAGUUCGGCGCUUGGAGGCUUUCCCAACUGGCAGUCUCUCGUGAAAAAGGGUCCGGGGCUGGAGCCCUCUCCGCAGAAUGAACUUAGAUCGGGGGGGCCUUCAGCCCUGAGCCCUACAACGUAUAUUAUUCACAGCUUCAAUGUGUCAUGAGAAGUCGCGCGAAAUAUGCUGUCGCGACCCCUAGUUGUAACAAGCUGAGUCUGAAACUCGGCGAAGCUCGCUCUACUUAUUAAAGCAUAAGCAUUUUGCGAGACUAGAGCAGACACCCUUUAUCUCACUGACCCACAGCCCCCGUUCGGCAAAGAAGUGGGAAUCUAUCAAAGAGACCUCUAAUUUACUGCGGACAACUGUUUCCAACGCCAGACGACUCUGCGAAACUCCAACACGUGACGGUAUAGCGUUAAUGCUACGAUUGGGACUUCUUUUCAGCAUUUGCGUGAAGGUUUGUUGAAUGAUUGGACACUUUGUCUGCAAGCGUUGGCGGCCACUGGGGCCACCACUGUAGAAGCGCGAGGGCCCUGCUGUAAUGUAACUGCGCGUACUGCGCGAUGAGGUAUUCGCACUAUCCAACUGGCCCGCGGGUGCAUGCGUUCGGAACCUGUUAUGCGCUUGCCACAGGUACGAAGAGACAGGUGUUGCUGCGAGGGGUCUGGAUACUAGUACGAAGACCACCACCCAGCAGAGUGAAAUCAUGAUGGUGACCAACAGACUCACGCACACUGCCGGGUCUUGCUGUUGGAAUGUAUUUGAACGAGAGUGAUAACCAGGUCACCCGCUGAUUUUGAGUAAAGUUCUCAUGAACCACGUUAGUAAGUAGGCUCACGACCUCACAACAAACAGGUGGGCGACAAAUUGAACAGCAUUGCGUUCGAAUUCAACGGAAAGGUGAACAAGGUGCCGGACCUUCCACCUAAUGGUGGGUCCCGAGCCAGUACUUACCAACUGCGGGUUUAUGGCAGCCCAUUUUAUAUUUAUAUCGAUGAGUAUUCAAAACUGGGAGAAGAGGACUACUUUUGUAGACACGCCUGAUGGUGAUCUCAGAAGCUUCAGACUUUUCGUAUACUCUCUGGGUGGAUAAAGUAAGGAGCAAGAGCUCCAUGAACUAAUGACUUCUGCCAAUGACAAGCCUCUUCCACCAUAGUAAAGCUAUUUCCCAAUCUCUAAUAGUCUUCGUCUCCUGGCCGCCUUCUGGCUCGCGGUGGAAGUGGGACGCCGUGGAGCGUGUUGUCU